AUGCUUGCGAUCGAUGCCAUACUCUCAAAAAUCGAUGCGUUAGAAGGGCCAAUCAUGAGCGAAAAGGCAAAGACAGGACGUCCGAAGCAGAAACCAAGAGAGAACACAUUGGUAUCCCCUGCCCCGACGGACGAUCCAUCCAUUUUGGACAAGUUUCGAUUCUCGUCAGGGCCAGUGUCAGGACGUUUAAAUGCCGGUUCCUCAUCUCAUGGCGAUGCGAAUUCCCAGGGCCCCACGCAUGGACCACACGGCAACCCAGGCCUUGACUUGCAUUUCGAUAAUGUUUACCCUCAAGUUGACCCGUUCAAUUGGCUCUCUGCGUCCGACGGCGGACACUCUGUUGAAUUGGAUGCAGGCGUAUUUGAGGAUAUGCGCUUCUCCGAGACCAACGAAGAAGCGUCGCUGAAAGAACUUCUCGAUAUGCAGACACACCUGCAUGCUCUUAACACAACUCAGCUCGAGGAUAAUGCCAGAAUAGGGAACGGGCUUCCUGGUCUCCACAUUCCCGGACCAUCCAAUAUUAGCGAGAUCUUGGUUAUAAUGGAGCGUCUGACGGGCGUAUUGAAGAGCCCAUCCAUUGGCGACGGCGCAUCCUCAAGCCAGUCCACCUCUCCUGAAAGCGUCAACGAUGACGACGGCAAGAACACCUUGUUGCUGCUUCACGCAUUUUCUUGCUACGCAUACCUACUCCGUUUGCUCAAGCCUUUGGUCACGUCACUUCAUGGCCAGUGUCAGGAGGGUUCUUCUGAUGCUCAAGGGUCAAAUGGCGAAUCAGCAACAGUAUCUCUCGGUACAUUCAGCCUGGCUUCUAGGCCGGCUUUGAACGCUCGGAUGACAUUGAGUCUGAUUAGCAACUUGGUCGAAGACCUUCACUCCUCGGCGACCCGCGCUACGUUUUGCCCGCUACUAGAUGGGGCAUCGGACCCAUUGGCUCCAGACAGCCCAUCCACGCCACCGAAAAAGACUCGCAGCCCUAUGAUGCGCGCAGCCAUGUUUGUAUUGGAUGAACUGCUUCAUGAGGAAGACUUUGUUCUUCAGAAGCUCCAAAUUUAUGAUUUUAGAUAG